GGUGGCACGCGUGGUCGGUCGGCAGUGAGGCUGGAGCUGCGGAGAAGGGCGGGUGUGUGAAGCGCGGCUCCUUGUGACAGAACGGUGCGUGUGGAGACACGAGGGCGAAACAGUAGACUGAGGCGGCUGGGUGAUGGAUAGAGGCUCGUCUGGACUGCCAGUGACAUCAGCGAGCAGCUGCCAGGGCCAGUGCUAAAAUUUGGACUGCUAUUAUCAGGUACGCCUCCAAACCAUGCAGUGUCCACACCGUGUAACUGAAGUUUUUGAAGAAGCUUAGAAUGGUCUAUGACAUCGAAACAUUUACUAAGAUGAUGACGAUGACCUCUGAGAUCCCGGUGUGGGUGGACGGUGUGGAGAAGUGGGUGACCGGCGUCGGACGGAGGACUACCUGCGCCGACCUGGUGCGCGCCCUGCUCAGCGCCGAGGCUGGAUCGGAGCCGCCCACCGAGUCCGAGCUGCGAGCUUACAGCCUCGUGGAGCGGUGGCGGCAGGUGGAGCGGCCGCUCGACCCCGCCGCGCGCAUCCAGAAGGUCUGGAGGACAUGGGGCGAGGACACGGCAGAGGUGCGGUUCGCGCUGAAGCGGCUCGGUCCGCAGACGCCCAAGGAGGUGAAGGCGCCGCGGCGCCGGCAGCGGCACCGGUGGCGCAGCUCCAGCAGUCUGGAGGCGGUGCACCCGCGUAAACUGACGGCGGCGACCGACCACGACGGCGCCCGGGACGACGUGGUCGAGCGGCUGAUGCAGACCAUCCUCGUCCAGGGUGAGACGAUCGCCGCGCAGCUGCGACGGCUGCACGAGCGAGAGGACCUCAUCGGGUACUACGAGCACAAGAUGCACCGAAUGCGGGAGGACCGUCUCGGCUCGGACUACCUGCUCCGCACCUACCUCCGGGACGGCGAGCCGGCGGAAGCCGAGAAAGCGAGUCACGACAGCGGUGUGGGUGCCGAGCUGGGCGCCGACGCGCCGGAAUCGCCGCGCCGGGACGUCAGCGAGGAGGAGGCCGUCUCGGACCUGCGGCAGACGCUGAUGUACCUGGAGCGGAUCGUCGAGCUCAACAGCCGGAUCGCUGAGCAGGAGGAGGCGGCCGUGCGGCUGACGCAGCGCGUGCGCCGCGCCGCCGCGCCGGCAGCCCCAGAAGACACCUCCGAGACGGUGCUCGAGCUGGAGAUCUCGCGAGCCGAGCUGCAGCGUCUGAUGGCCGUCUGCGCGCGCCAGACGGCCGAGAUCGAGCAGAACGAGCGCGCGCUCGUGGCGUGUGAGCACGCGCUCGAAGACAAGCGGCGCUUUGCGCGCUACCUCGAGUGCGAGCUGGACGAGAUGGAGGCGGACGAGCGGCGGCUGCUGGCCGACGGACAGCGCCUCCUGGAGGACGAGCGGCGCCGCCUGGCGGACGAGCAGACGCUGACGGUCGAACAGCGGACUCCGCCGACGGACCAGCCGUGCCUGGCGGUCUCGCAGCGCUCCGACCACCACACGCCCGCCGGGUACGCCAAUCCCGUGUACACGAACCUGCCGCCGCCCGGGGGCACGAAGGAGCUGGCCGACGGCGACUCGAACUCUGACACCGGCCUCAGUUCGUUGCACAGCAGCAGUGACGAGGCGGCCGUCGGCUAUGUGCUCGACACACUAGUGUAGAGACGCUAUUCUAGCACCGAGUAUUUUUGACGCAUGUCACGGUCGUUGUGACAGGAACUGAAGCCCAACGAGUGGUAAGCAGCGUCAGUGAACCGUCCAGUUUUGUCUUUGCCGAAUGCUGAUGACUCAGAUGUGCUUGCCUCACGCAGUGGAGUGAGAAAUAAUGGGCUCCUGACGGGCAGUGCAGCACCGAACAGCCUACUUAGCUGACGAAAUUGUGUGCUACGUCAUUGCACAAAUGUAGGUAAACAAUUGCACUCACUGUAUGUGGUCCCCAUUCGAUCAAUCUGGCUAAACGGUAUACGGAACCACCGUGUUUAGGCUGACUUGCCGAAUCGAAUGUUCGAUUUUUCGUCUUAUUGAAAUAUUUGUAAGAAUAUUACAUCAGUCAUCAAAACUAGAGAACAACAUAAUGCCUCUUUUCAAAUGACGCGGUUGCUUUCCAGCCAGUAUCGUUACUUAACGUAGGAAAACCUAGCAUCAUCCUAGCACUGCCACUCAUUACAAGUAUCAAACUGCAAGUGUAAAUAUCGCGACGUUUGCGCACAACUGGAAUCAAAACUUCGCAUCUUUUGGAUGCGUUUCUCAUGCUAGUCUGCGCCACGAAUCUGAAUGCGAUUUCUUCUCUUGGUCUAUCUGUAUGUAGGUACUUGUCACCUGCCUGUCGUGUGCACUGUUGCAAUAGACAUGUCCGAUAUCACCUGUGAUGCUCGCCGCAAUUAUUUUUAUUGUGUAUGCAUGUUUAUUGAAGUAUAUGAAUGUGCGUUGUGUGCAGUUCGUGUACAAUUUGCCUACCAAUAAA